AUGUGGAGCCCUAAAAGAGUCCAGAGGAAGGCCAUGGAGCAGAGAGUGGAAGAUGUGCGACUGAUCCGAGAGCAGCAUCCAACUAAAAUACCAGUGAUUAUUGAAAGGUACAAGGGAGAGAAGCAGCUUCCAGUUUUGGAUAAGACCAAGUUCCUGGUGCCAGAUCAUGUCAACAUGAGCGAGCUAAUCAAAAUUAUCAGGCGCCGCCUGCAGCUGAACUCCAACCAGGCCUUCUUCCUCCUGGUGAACGGACACAGCAUGGUGAGCGUUUCCACCCCCAUAUCCGAGGUGUACGAGAGCGAGAAGGACGAGGAUGGGUUCCUGUACAUGGUCUAUGCCUCUCAGGAGACUUUCGGAGUGCAAUCUUCUGUCUAAGACACGCGGGCGGCUUCUAGCCUAGGAUUUUGGUUUGCCCUUGGCCAUCACCCCCACUCUUCCCCACACACACCCCAGGGAAAGAAACGGAUGUCAUCUACGCUCUCAGUACCUUAGCAUAGUCUUGCUUUAGCAGGUGUCUCAUCUUACCUUGCCUUGUUUGUGACUAUUAAACAGUACAGACGAGCACCUCCA